AUGGAAGAAACCAACACUCAUUGCGCCCCACCGCCGCCCGCGGGCUCCCAGACCGGGGUUUCUCAAGCCAACCUCUCCUCCGCUCCCCCCAAUUGCAGCACCGAGGGCUAUAUUUACCAGGACUCCAUCGCCCUGCCCUGGAAAGUACUCCUGAUCCUGGUGCUGGCGCUCUUUACCUUGGCCACCACGCUCUCCAAUGCUUUUGUGAUUGCCACUGUGUACCGGACCCGGAAGCUGCACACCCCAGCCAACUACCUGAUCGCCUCCCUGGCGGUAACCGACCUGCUCGUAUCCAUCCUGGUGAUGCCCAUCAGCACCAUGUACACGGUCACCGGCCGCUGGACGCUGGGCCAGGUGGUCUGCGACUUCUGGCUGUCGUCGGACAUCACCUGUUGCACAGCUUCCAUCCUGCACCUCUGUGUCAUCGCCCUGGACCGCUACUGGGCCAUCACGGACGCUGUGGAGUACUCCGCUAAAAGGACUCCCAAGAGGGCCGCGGUCAUGAUCGCGCUGGUGUGGGUCUUCUCCAUCUCCAUCUCGCUGCCGCCCUUCUUCUGGCGUCAAGCCAAAGCCGAGGAGGAGGUGUCGGACUGCAGGGUGAACACCGACCACAUGCUCUACACAGUUUACUCCACGGUGGGCGCUUUCUACUUCCCCACCCUGCUCCUCAUCGCCCUCUACGGCCGCAUCUAUGUGGAAGCCCGCUCCCGGAUUUUGAAACAGACGCCCAACAGGACCGGCAAGCGCCUGACCCGAGCCCAGCUGAUAACCGACUCCCCCGGGUCCACGUCCUCGGUCACCUCCGUUAACUCCCGGGCUCCUGAUGUGCCCAGCGAAUCCGGGUCCCCUGUGUACGUGAACCAAGUCAAAGUGCGAGUCUCUGACGCCCUGCUAGAGAAGAAGAAGCUCAUGGCCGCUAGGGAGCGCAAAGCCACUAAGACCCUGGGGAUCAUUUUGGGAGCCUUUAUUGUGUGUUGGCUGCCCUUCUUCAUCAUCUCCCUGGUGAUGCCUAUUUGCAAGGAUGCCUGCUGGUUCCACCUGGCCAUCUUUGACUUCUUCACGUGGCUGGGCUAUCUCAACUCCCUUAUCAACCCCAUCAUCUAUACCAUGUCCAAUGAGGACUUCAAACAAGCGUUCCAUAAACUGAUACGCUUUAAGUGCACAGGUUGA